GGGGGGGGGGAGAGAACCGGGAAGGGAAGAAUGAGGAAGAGGUCCGCUGUGCUGCGCGCCUCGUCUCAGCAAAUGCGGGUUUGCUGAUGAAGCACCCACUCCGGUCAUCCGAUCAUACGGGUCACACAGGUCGCGCUGCAUGGAAACGAGGAGUAGGCAACAGCAGAAGAUAAUAGCAACAAAUAAAAAAAGUGUCUGUGCAUGGGAAUCCGGACUACUCUUCCCUCCUUUUGUGCGUCUCGCUCGGUGGGUACGCCGUCUUGGCUGGCGUAUAAGAGCCCUCUGUGUCUCCAUUGCCAUUCUCCACCACUGGCUUGCCUCCUCAACCACUCCUCCUCUUACUACUCCUUCUAGUUGCUUGUCUUACAAGACCAGCAAUAGUACUGAUCUGACUGCUGCCGUGCGUCUCUGGAUUGAGGGUAGUCGUACGAUUGCGAAAAAGGUUGAACAUCCUCAUUGUCAUUCGACGGCCCUGAGCUUGCCAACAUGGGUUGCUGGGAUCACUCCUCCCUCCUGUCCCCUGCCAUGAGGCUAACAGUUGUCACAGUGAUUCUGCUUCUCAAACUCCAGCCAUCAUUGGCUGGUGCCCCGCCUGAGCAGAACUUGGGGGGCUCAGUUUCAGCAGUGUCCACAAAUAAGACUGAAUGCAGCAAGCCUGAACCAUGUUCAAAGGGAGUGAUCCUUCCUAUUUGGGAGCCUCAAAACCCAUCAUUUGGUGAUAAGGUCGCCAGGGCAACGGUCUACUUUGUGGCUCUGGUCUACAUGUUCCUGGGAGUGUCAAUCAUCGCAGACCGUUUCAUGGCUUCAAUAGAGGUCAUCACAUCACAGGAAAAGGAGAUCACAAUUAAGAAGCCCAAUGGGGAAACCACCACCACCACCGUCCGGAUCUGGAACGAGACGGUAUCCAAUCUCACCCUCAUGGCUCUAGGCUCAUCCGCUCCUGAAAUCCUCCUGUCUGUCAUAGAGGUUAUAGGCCACGGGUUUCACGCUGGCACACUGGGUCCCUCCACCAUCGUGGGUUCGGCAGCGUUCAACAUGUUCGUCAUCAUCGGGAUCUGCGUGUACGUGGUGCCCGACGGUGAGACCAGGAAAGUCAAGCACCUCCGCGUCUUCUUCGUCACGGCCACCUGGAGUAUCUUUGCAUACAUCUGGCUCUACCUGAUCUUGUCGGUGAUCUCCCCCGGCGUGGUGCAGGUGUGGGAAGGCCUGCUCACUUUCCUCUUCUUCCCCAUCUGUGUGGUGUUUGCCUGGGUGGCUGACCGGCGCCUGCUGUUUUACAAGUACGUCUACAAGCGCUACCGCACCGGCAAGCAGCGUGGCAUGAUCAUCGAGACUGAGGGCGACCGACCACUUCCCUCAAAGGUGGACAUCGAGAUGGAUGGAAAGAUGCUGAACUCUCAUGGCGUUGACUUCCUGGAUGGUCCAUUGGGCUUAGAUAUAGACGAGAAAGACCUGGACGAGGAGGAGACCCGCAGAGACAUGGCUAAGAUCCUGAAGGAGCUCAAACAGAAGCAUCCUGACAAAGAGGUGGAACAGCUUAUCGAGCUUGCCAACUACCAAGUCCUGAGCCAGCAGCAGAAGAGCCGAGCUUUCUACCGGUGCCAGGCCACCAGGCUGAUGACUGGUGCAGGCAACAUCCUGAAAAAACAUGCCGCCGAUCAGGCCCGAAAGGCUGUCAGCAUGCACGAGGUCCGCUCCGACGCCGGCGACAACGACCCCGUCUCUAAGAUCUUCUUUGAGCCCGGUUCCUACCAGUGUCUCGAGAACUGCGGCACGGUGGCUGUGAACGUGGUGCGGCGGGGCGGCGACCUGGGCAAAACUGUCUCUGUGGAGUACCGGACAGAAGACGGCACGGCCAACGCCGGCUCUGACUACGAGUUCACAGAGGGCGUCGUGGUUUUCAAGUCCGGCGAGACGAUGAAGGAGAUCCGCGUGGGCAUCAUUGACGACGACAUCUUCGAGGAGGAUGAGAACUUCCUCAUUCACCUCUCCAAUGUCAAGGUGUUGACAUCGGAAGGGGAAGAGCCAGAGGAGGGCGAGUCGGCCAAUCACGUGGACUCGGUGGCCUGCCUUGGCCUGCCGUCCACAGCGACCGUCACCAUUUUUGAUGACGACCACGCCGGUAUCUUUACGUUUGAGGAGCCCGUUUGCCACGUCAGCGAGAGCGUCGGUACCAUGGAGGUGAAGGUGCUGCGAACGUCUGGGGCUCGCGGUGUGGUCAUGCUGCCAUACAAGACGGUGGAGGGGACAGCUCGAGGCGGUGGCGAGGACUUUGAAGACAUCCACGGCGUCCUUGAGUUUCAAAACGACGAAAUCUUGUAA